AUGGACUCGAAUUCUCUGUGCUGCUCUUUAGACCUCGUUGCUGGCAGCGGUUAUACUUUAAGCGUCGAGCACAGGGCCGCCCUGCAGACCUCAUUUGCGAUCCUGAAGAAAAACUACAAGUUUAACCGUGUGCUGUUUUGGGGCAAACUAUUAGGACUGAAUGGGGAUUAUUUUAUCGCCCAGGGCAAUGAAGGGGAUGAGAUGAAGAACAAAAAGACUUUUUAUAGCUUCAACUGCGUGGAGUGGCACCUGCUGGGCCCUGCCACUGAUGCGAUGAUUGAAGCGGUGUCUAAAGCUGCCAGGGGCCGCUUCAUGGGGGACCCGUCCCACGUGUAUGAAUGCCGCCGGCAGGGAGAGGGGGGCGGGGCUACGAAGGAGGAAGACGUUCCGGUAAGUAAUACCAUGCAGGUUACUGAGGAAAUUAGACUUGCAGUGACAGUUCAUCAGAUUGAUGAGGAAGUGUCUGUGGUGCCACGUGGAGCGUUCAUUAAGAAUCCUCAGGGCCUGGUCCAGACCAACCGUAGCUUUGAAGGUCUCUCUCACACUGAGGCACAAAAGCUUGACAAUUUCUUUCACUUUACUGAGCCUAAAAAUCUUAAGAAGAAAUCUGUACAUGAGAUGGCUGACUUGGACCCAUCUAUUGACUUCUUGAACCCACUGAGUGAUGACAUUCCUAAAGGGUGUUGGAGUCUGCAGUUUGAAUGUGGCAGCAAUGUGUGUGUGAUUCGCAGCCUUUGGUGGCUUGGCCUGACCUUCUUUCAUGUGCCAGUGACCCCACGCCAUGGAUAUAUCUACAUGGGUGAUGGCUCCAAGAAUGUGGACCUUCCUUUCAUGCUAUAGUAAAGCAACAAGUAAAUCUAGUUCUUGAUCCAAACUUAAAAAAAAAACUCAAUUUCUUG